CCCCAGCCCUCCCCCCGCUGUGCCCCACGGCACCCACGCUGUGCCCCACAGCACCCCCGCGGUGCCCCCCACCCCCUCACUGCUCGUGUCCCCAUGCUGUUGGUGCUGCUGUCCCUGCUGUGCCCACAGUGCUGUCCCCACGGCGCAGUCCAUGCUGUGCCCCACGGUGCUGUCCCCACAGUGCUGUCCCCACAGUGCUGUCCCCACGGUGCUGUCCAUGCUGUGCCCCACGGUGCUGUCCCCACAGUGCUGUCCCCACGGCGCUGUCCAUGCUGUGCCCCACAGCUCUGUCCCCGCUGUCCCCGCUGCUCGGGGCGCAGCCCCUGUGCCCCACGGCUCUGUCCCCGCUGUUCCCGCUGUCCCCGCUGCUCGGGGUGCAGCCCCUGUGCCCCACGGCUCUGUCCCCACUGUCCCCGCUGUCCCUGCUGCUCGGGGCGCAGCCCCUGUGCCCCACGGCUCUGUCCCCACUGUCCCCGCUGUCCCCGCUGCUCGGGGCGCAGCCCCUGUGCCCCACGGCUCUGUCCCCACUGUCCCCGCUGCUCGGGGCGCAGCCCCUGUGCCCCACUGCUCUGUCCCCACUGUCCCCACUGUCCACGCUGCUCGGGGUGCAGCCCCUGUGCCCCACGGCUCUGUCCCCGCUGUCCCCGCUGCUCGGGGCGCAGCCCCUGUGCCCCACGGCUCUGUCCCCACUGUCCCCGCUGUCCCCGCUGCUCGGGGCGCAGCCCCUGUGCCCGUCACUGCGGGGCACAGCUCGUCCCGUGUCCCCAGCUGCGCUCGCUGUGCCUGGCAGUGCCGCCUCCGUGUCCCACGUGUCCCCGCUGGCCCCACAGCUGGCGCCAGCCCCUCCCCUCCCCCGCUCCCCGUGUCCCUCCCCUGUGCUCCCGCCGGCCCUGCCCCCCGGCCCUGUGUCCCCCCAUCCUGCGCCCCUUUCUCUGCUCCCCACAUCCCCCAUCUCUGCCACCCUACCUCCCUGCCCCCCAUCGUGCCCCACAUCCUGCCCCACAUCCCCGCACCCCCUAUCCCUGUGCCCCCACUCCCCACAUCCUCAUCUCUGCCCCCGGUCCCUGUGCCCCCCCGGCAUCCCAGCACCGCUGCCCUCCCGUCCCUGUGUCCCCGUGUCUCCACCCCUGUCACAUCCUUGUCCCCAUCCCAGCCCUGCCAUCGCUGUCCCGUCCCUGUGUCCCCAUCGCUGUCCCCAUCCCAGCCCCGCCCCGGCCCCGCCCCGGCCCCGCCCCCGGUGCUGCCGUCAGCCGUUGCCGGGGAAACGCCCGCUCUGGCCGCAGAGUCGUUGUGGAGCCGGAACGCGUUGGAGACGGACGCGGACCUGCCGGCGGGAUGGCUGCGGGUGCAGGACACCUCGGGCACCUACUACUGGCACGUCCCCACCGGCACCACGCAGUGGCAGCCGCCCCCGGGGCUGCCCCGCGGCUCGGCGCCCGGCUCCCCGGACACGUCCCGCUGCCCACAGCCGCCGCUGGCCUGGCCCGGCUUCGCCCCAGCCGAGUGCUUUGGAGACGGGGAGCUCUGGAAGCCCGUCCCUCCCCAGGACCCCGCGGAGGACGAGGACGAGGACGACGACCCCGGGGCGCAGGAUGCGGAGCCGCCGUCCCCAGGCCCGGCCUCGCCACCCGCGGGGACCGUGCUGGCCGAGGAGGACAAGCCGGGCUCUAAGCGCUUUGCCGUGCGCUCGCUGGGCUGGGUGGAGAUGAGCGAGGACGAGCUGGCCCCGGGCCGCAGCAGCGCGGCCGUCAACAACUGCAUCCGGCAGCUCUCGCUGCACCAGCGCGGCCCCCCCGGCGCCUGGGGGGAGCCCCCACUGUCCCCACUGCCCCCGCCCCCCCAGGACCCUGACGCUCCCCAGGGCCGCGCGAUGCUGCUGCUGCUGGAGAACCGGACGCUGAAGCUGCUGGAGCCGCAGGAGCAGGCGCUGCUGCACGCGCAGCCCGUGGCCGCCAUCCGCGUCUGGGGCGUGGGGCGCGACAGCGGCAGGGACUUUGCGUUCGUGGCGCGGGACCCGCUGACGCAGAUGCUCAAGUGCCACGUGUUCCGCUGCGAGAGCCCGGCCCGCAACAUCGCCAGCAGCCUGCACGAGGUGUGCGCGCAGAUCAUGAUGGAGCGGAGAAGCGCCCGGGGGGGGCCCAACGGGCUGAGCACGGACCCAGCGCGGCUGGUGGAGAUCCCGUUCCAGGUGGAGUUCCCGGCGCCCAAGAGCGAGGUGGUGCAGAAGUUCCCGGUGUGUUACCUGGGCUGCGUGCCCGUGGCCAAGCCCGUGGGCAUGGACGUCAUCAACGCGGCGCUGGAGGCGGCGCUGGCGAGCGGCAGCCGGGACCACUGGACGCCCAUCGUGGUCAACGUGGCGCCCGCCACGCUCACCAUCACGCACCAGCAGAGCGAGGCCGUGCUGUGCGAGUGCCGCGUGCGCUUCCUGUCGUUCAUGGGCGUGGGCCGCGACGUGCGCUCCUUCGCCUUCAUCAUGGCCGGCGCGCCCGGCGCCUUCCGCUGCCACAUGGUCUGGUGCGAGCCCAACGCCGCGGGGCUCAGCGAGGCGCUGCAGGCGGCCUGCAUGCUGCGCUACCAGAAGUGCCUGGACGCGCGCCCCCAGGCCUCCAGCUCCUGCCUCCCCGCGGCCCCCGCCGACUCGGUGGCGCGGCGGGUGGGCUCCUCGGUGCGCCGGGGGGUGCAGACCCUGCUGGGCACCCUGAAGCCCAAGCGCCUGGGGGCCCAGACGCCGUGAGCCCCGCGGGAGCAGCGACGGAGACCCCUCCCCCCCCGCUGGGGGGGAUGGGACGGAGGGGACGUGCGGGGCACCGGAGGGGGACCCGUGGUGCGGGUGUCCCUGUGUGCAGGUGUCCCCGUGGCAUGGGUGUCCCCGUGUGCGGGUGUCCCCGGGUGUCCCCGUGCGCGGGUGUCCCCAUGCGCGGGUGUCCCCGUGCGCGGGUGUCCCCAUGCGCGAGGGGCCGUGGGGCUCGUGCCCGCAGCGGCGUGCGCGGCCCCAGCACGGCUGUGCCCCAGGGCGCUGUCCCGGGCCGGGGGUCCUGUCCCCCCGCGGGUGCCCCCAGCGGCACGGGGGGGCGCGGGGUCCCCCAUGCAUGUGGUGUAACCCGGGGCUCCCGGGGCCGCCGCUCCCGCUGUAACGAGGAUCGUGUCGUACUAAACGUUAAUAAACCCCAUUCCAGCA